GCCCGCUCCAGUCACUCUAGCGCCGACCGCCGGCCGCGACACACGUGUAUCACUCCGAGACUGCGCCGCGACAUCAUUACUGACUCGAACUCUUUCGUUGUUUCAAGUUUUAAACUCGGUUUUCGUGCUCCGUACUUUCUUUUCGACCGGACUGAGGACAGUUUUGCACUCAUCAGUUUUUGUUGAUUGAAUUUUUUUGUGUAGUGAUCUGUAAGUGAGUGCUCGGUCGAGUUGGAGGUGGAUUGCGCGGCCACGCUGACCGGCAACGGCAGGGCGUGUGUCGGCGCCCGCGACCAUGUGAGCCGCGCGGCCGCCGCAGGCAAGACGUGUGCGAUGUACCUGUGGCUGGUGCUGGCGUGCUGCGCGCUGGCGGGGGCGGCGGGGGCGCCGGCGGGGGCGGGGGUGCAGAGGGCGCCCCCCGCGGCCCCCGCGCACGUGGCCACCACCACGCGGCGGCCGGCGCGCACGCUGGACCGCCACGCCGCCGAGCUGGCCUGGCGCUCGUGGCUGCAGAGCCCGGAGAGCGGCAACCCCAGCGCGCCGCCGCGCCGCAUCACCACCAAGUCGCUCUUCAUCACGCCGCUCGUCUGCCCCAAGGGACAGCGGCUCGACAGCGACGGCUGUGUGCAGGCGGUGACGGUGGACGCGGAGGAGCACCAGCGCAUCCUGCUGGAGCAGCUGAACGCGAUCUACGCGCCGGCGGGGGGGGAGGGGGAGGCGCUGGACUACGGCUACGAGGAGGGCGAGCCCGGCCCGCUGCAGCUCACGCUGCCGCUCGGCCCCGCCUUGCCGCGCCCGCAGCCGCUGCAGGCCGAUCAACAGAACAAUGAUGUGAAGUUGGACAAGAAGGACUCGGAGCAGCAGGCGGGGCUCGGCCUGCAGGCGGAGCUGGAGCUGCUGCAGCUGCAGCUCGGGGGCCAGGCCGCGCCCCCCGCGCCCCCCGCCGCCCCCGCCCCCGCCUACACCGGCUACUACCUCGACAAGCCCAAGCGAGACAGCCCCCGCGACCCCGCGCCCGACGCCCCCCACGAGGAACCGACACCCGAAGUCGGACAGAAAGAAGUUUUCUACGGACAAGUCAACUAUGACCCGAUCCUUAAUAUACCAACAAACAAAACUGACAAUCAACAAGACCAAACUGAUGAACCAACGGAGCCGGCUCCCCAGGCCGCCCCGGAGACCCCGGGGAGCCGCGCCAACGACACGCAGGCGCUGGCCGCCAACGUGACUCAUGAGCUUCCAUCUGAAGGAAAUUCCUCCGAGACGGCUCCGGUACUAGUGAACAGCACAAACAAUAAGCCCAUUGAGGCACACGAACUACAAAAAGAUAUUGACAAGACGAAGCUAAACCCUGAAACAGAAUACUCUGACAUCGGCGAAGCGAUCAAGAUUAUCAGCCGUUACGCCGAAGUGACAACAGACGAUAAUUUCUCCAAAGACCAGAAGAACUAUCCGUACAAGGAUGAAGGUAUCCUGGGGACGCGAACCAGGCUGCAGCACCGCAGGAACAAGCCGGGGGCGGGGGCGGGGGAGGGGUACGUGCGCUACCCGCCGCCGCCCGCCUACCCGUUCCGCCACGUGCAGGACUACUGGCGGGGGCGCGCGCCGGGGGGUGGGCUGUACGCGCCCCCCGCCAACCCGCGCCGCCACCACCACUACGUGCGGGGGGCGGGCUACGCGCCCCCGCGCCGCGCCGCGCGCCCCCGCGCCCCCGACCGGGACCUGUACGGCCUGCUGGGGCUGCGCCACUGGUUCAGCGCCGACGGCGUCGCCAACAGAUAGGCCCCGCGCCGCCCGACCAUGGAUGUUACCCGACGAUAUAUAAUGUCAGCUAUGGAAAUUAUACUAUUUAUUCGACAUAUUGAUUGCACUAACAUAUCCCUCGAAGCGAUUUAUGAUAACUAAUCUCCGUGUUAGUCUAGGUGAGCUUGUUUUAUAAGAAGUCUCUUGUAACUCUCAGCUGCCUGCGCCGGUCUCUUCCAUAGCUUUCAGUAUAUUAGCCUAUAAUAUAUGUUUCAAAGCCAAAUAUUACAGUCAUAGUUGUGUUAAAUAUUUUGUUGUUUAAGUUCUUUGUAAAUAUAAGUUAAGUGUUUUUAUUGUGCUGCUAGAAUUGUUCACAUAGUAUUAUCAUUGUUUUAAAUAUUUAAAUAUAAAUUAUGUUUUAUGUACCUAAGUAUACUAAUUUAUAUUAAUCGGUGUAUAUUUUUGUCAUGUUCUCUAGUUGUGAAUUCAUUUAGGUUCGUCUUACUCGGUUUAAGUAAAUGUUUUUACAGAAAAUAUGCAAAUAUAAAUAUGAAAUGGCACUGGCCUGUUACUUUUAAUAGCAAAAUGUAAGUUACAAAAAUACGCUGCGGUCAGCAACCCUCAACCACGUUCUACACAAAAAUAACUUGUUGCUUGUUUGUGUCGUAGCUAGAUGAUAGAGCUGAUCUAAGCGAUUACAAUACAAUUAUUACAGUAUCUGCGGUGAGCGAAAGGCUGAUUUUAUGUAGAACGUUACUAAAUAAACUUUGAUAGCAUCAAUAUAUGCCUCCUUGCCUAAAAUUAAAAGUCAGAAGAAUAUUGAUAUUCCUAAACGACAACAAAAAUUAUCGCGUUAUUAUUUUUGCCGAACUAUUUCAGAUUUAUCGAUCCCACCAAAGUUUAGAAUUAAGCUUUUAGUUAUUAAUUAGUAUUGCGAUGUUGUGCAUACAUAAUAUUUACCUAUCACAAUAUUUUUAAAUGAAACGAAGUAGACUAAUUUAGAGGAUGUAUACUUGUAUAGUGAUUUAUGUAUUUUUCUAAUCAAAUAUUAAGAAUAAGUACCUACUGCAAUCUGCAAUAUGAAAAUUAAUUCAGAGUUAGAUGUUACAAAUUAUUAUGAUAUCCAAAACCAGUGUAUGUAGCUAUAGCUUGGUUCAAUGUGUUUCUGUAGUGAGUAGUGGCUAGCCGGCGGCGGCGGCGUGGGGCGCGGGGCGCGGGGUGCGGGGCGCGGGGCCUCGCCGCCGCCGCCGCCGACACUAUGUUAUCUAGACGUAAUUCGAUGUCGUCACUCUAAUAAUUUAUUAAAUAUUAAGUUGAAAAUGUAUCAAAUUCUAUAAAAAAUAAUAUUUAACUAAUCCGAUCGUAACGAUCGAUUGUAACGAAUAUAAAAAUUCUAAAAUUACACAAGAGUGUAACAUGUACCUGCCCGUGCGCCGGAGCCGGACCUGACACACUCAGUACAAUUACAAAACUACAAAUUAACAAUAAUGCCAGUAUUUUACUGUAAAUAAAUCAAAUGAAAUGA